UAGGGGUCGACCUUUUCCCACAAUGCACCGGCAGAGAGCUAAGGCGCCUUUUGCUGUCCCUGCAUGUCAUCAAGGAGGAGACUCCGCAUCAUUGAAACAUUAGUGCAUGAAAACAACAGCACGCUGCCGCUGUGAAAUCCAACAUCCUCUCUUUAUUUUUCUCCUUAAUCCACAGUGACAUGGCUCCGUUCAGCUUAUUGACAGCGGGUGUUAGCCUGUUAGCGAAGUCCUUCAGCGUCUGGUCCUGCACAAACUCCCUGGCACGGUGUACCAGUUUCUUCCCAGUGAAAUGUUUGACGUCCCAGGCCAGUGGCCCACCAAAGAGACCUCUGAAUGGAUACAUGAGAUACGCCGUGCAACAGCAGCCAAUCAUGACCAGACAAAACCCAGAAAUCAAGAUAGUGGAUGUCGUCAGGAAGAUCGCCCAGCAGUGGAGAACGAUGAGCCCAGAACAGAAACGGCCGUUUGAAGAGGCCUCUCUGUUGGCCAGGCAGAAGUUUAAGGUGGACUUCCAACGCUAUCAGGCCCUACUGACUCCAGCACAGGUCCAGCAAGAAUCCCUGGAAAAGAGGGAGAGGUUGGCCAAGAGGAAGGCCAUACGCAAGAAGAGAGAGUUGACCAACCUGGGGAAGCCUAAACGCCCUCGCUCUCCAGUCAACAUCUUCAUGUCUGAGCAUUUUGAGGAGGCCAGAGGCGUCAACACACAAGCAAAGAUGAAGUCACUGAUGGAAGACUGGAAGAAUCUGUUCAUCCACCAGAAACGGGUCUACACACAGCUGGCAGAGGACGACAAAAUUCGCUAUAAGAAUGAGAUGAAAUCAUGGGAGGACCAUAUGAUUGAAAUUGGACGAGAAGACCUGAUCAGAGAGCAGACCCUGUCUGCCAGGAGAAAAGCUGCUUCUCAACCUGCAGCAGCCAAGAAAGGAACAAAGAAAGCUAUAGUGAAGAAGGCCAGUGCCACGGGAAAGUCUACUACAACCAGGAAGACAACAAAAACUGUCAGGGCGACCAAGAAGAGAUAAGCUGUGUGUAUCUACUGAGUCUAGAGAAAAGCGUGUUCAUGACGGCUGAAGACAGGAGAUCUGAUGACCCAAGACUGUACCCUAGUUUUUUUUUUCCGUCCUCAAACUUGAUAUUCACAAAGUUCCAAGUUUUGUCAUUGAUGCAUCUUCGGUUCAACAGGGCAAACUUCACAGCAGUCAAACAGAAUACAAUCGUUUCACUGCACCUGAACACCUGAGCGCUGGAAUGGACCAGGUACAAGGUGAGCUUAUCCUCACCCACUCAACAAAAACCCAUAUGGCUUUGAGUGGUUGAAUGAUAUUGAGUGGGACAGACUCAAAAUGUGAGUUAUGAAAUGUCAUGAUUUUAAAAGCUUGAGAUGUUACAUUUCACUGAUACGGUUUUCCAUCUGCAAUCGUUAAAAGUUUCUACUAUUACGUUUUAUGUUUAUACAACUACACUCUUCUGUUUUUGGUAUGUCAUACACAGUGUUACUGUAAUGAAUAUGUCUACUGUGAUUCUCUUUUUUUUAAUCUUGUCAACAAUGAAAAGUGUAAAAUGGUGUUCGUCUCAACUCUUCCUGUCUGCACAUUCGUUCCCACUGAACAUGGAUAUCUUUAAAAAUACCACAAAUACAUUGUUCAUUGGUGAAAAAAGAGCUUGUCACUGUCAUGUAACUCACUUAGCUAUAAUACGGUUUGGAAACAGUGGCGCUCUGUGACAUUAAAGGGAUAGUUCACCCAAAAAUAAAUAUUCACUCCAUCUAUGCUGAUAGAGGGGUGGGUUAAGUGUUUGAGUCCACACAACACAUUUGGAGUUUCAGGGAUAAACAGUGUUGGAGACAACCAAUACAAUUGAAGUUAAUGGUGACAGAAUCUUCAAAGAUAUAAAAACAGAAAAAACUAACAUGCCUCCAUACUUCUCCUAUGGUCUCAUCAAAGUGGCGUCAUUUACAUCAAAUUUUUAGCCUAAAUGUCCUCUGAUAUCCUCAGCCCAGAGCCAUGUAUGUGUGUGGAUCACAGUGGACAUUUAGGUUUAAAACAUGGUGUAAUUACCUUGUUUAAGUUUCGAGUUGUGUUUUGUAGACUCAAACAAUUCUCCCACCCCCAUCAGCAUAGUGGUGAGUAGACAGUGAGUUUCUAUUUUUGGGUGAACUAUCCCUUAAGUAAUUCAGAGAGAGUUGGGAGAUGGACAAAAUAAAUGUCUGUGGGAUUUGUUGACUAUAAAAUGAAUAACAGUAGUCAUAUUAACACUGAGUCCCCUGUGCUCGUGUGUGCUCCACCGUGCACUAACCAUGUACAAACAGCACUUCCAUGAAUGGAAACUGACUGAAUUUUUUGUAUCGUAGUAAUUAGCGGAGCUUAAGCUUGUACAGUCACAAUGUCAAACUGAAAGCCUGUUUUUUGCCAUAUAAGGCGUAAUUAACAUUUACAUCUGACGGUUUGGUUUUUUAAACACCAAAGUUCCAAAUGAUGCAAGCUUUAUAUGAGAUGCUCUUGUAAAACAGGUUGAUAAUAAAAUCUCACAAAAAAAUGUGA